AUGAAUCUUCUGCUAUAUCUCUGCAUGUCCGCUCUGCUGGUGAGUUGCAAUGAGAAGAAAGAUUUUUGUGCAGACCAGCCUUAUGGAAUCGAAUUGUUUGCUGGACAAUCGGUCACACUACCUUGCACAUUUGUGUUUCCAAAUACAUGGAAUCCUAUUUCUGUUACAAGCUUUGCCUUGAGAUUUGGUAAUCAGAUUUGUUCUAAUGAAGAGUUUUCCAACAUCGCUGCCAAAGAUUUUAAUCAUAACAAAAAUAGAGCAAUCUUUUCAUUUAACGUGACAAAAGCAGGAUGUUUCUGCUGCCGGGUACGUUUGGAAGUCAAAAGCUCUAAACAACAGGAGCAGUUUCAAAAUUUACAUGGUACCACCCUGACUGUGAAAGAUAAGAAUUCAAUGACUAUUCACCAACCGCAGUAUAUUCCAGCACUUUCUGGUGACACAGUGAUCAUUCCUUGCAACUACUCAACUAUUGAUGGCUCCAGUAUCUCUCUAUCUAAUGUGCAGUGGUCCACUUGCAGUGAUAAGGGCUCAGGACCAUCACUUUUUAACAGUUCUGAUAAGAGACAUAAUUCACAAUUCUCUUUAUUCGAAGAACUGGCUCAUUUACAAAUCAAGCAAGUCAACAUUUCGGACUCUGGGUUUUAUUGCUGCAGAGUGGAAUGGAAUAAGACUGGAACCGUUUAUUCAACUCAACGAGUCAAUGGAACUCAACUCAUAAUCAAAGAAAAAACAAAUACAUUGAAUAUCAACCAGUCAACUGAAGAAGUAUUUCAGAGCCCUACAACCAUCAACUGCAGCUUCACUGAGCCACAAGACAAAGAUCCAGUGUGGGUGGGAAUUUACUGGGUGGUUGGAGAAUCACGAGAUGUCUUUGCCUAUCACCCAGACCCUGCCAUGAUCCACAAAAAUUACACAGGAAAAACACGGCUUGUGGGAAAGGCAAAUCUCCUUCUAGAAGACUUCCAGGGGCCAGAUAAUACCACCUUCUACUGUCGGGUGGCAAUACGAUCGUGUGUUACAACUAGGGAACAGCUUAAUACAUUUGAUAUGAAAGUGGAGGAAGGAGCUGGAACAGUACUAAGAUUCUAUGAUUCUUCACAGUCGCAUUCAAGUCUAGCUUUGUUUGCAGGUCUGAUUGUUUCUAUGAUUUUUAUUUUCAUUGCUACACUGGCUCUGUUCUGCUUCGUGAAAAGAAAAGGCAGGUAUCCAUUCUUCAACCAUCUCCUUCUUCCAGGCAAGAAUAGUUUCCACUGUGUCUCCAAUUUCCAGGCUGCUGUUGACCCCUCUGUCCUCUCUUCCUUCCAGGCAGUGUUUGACCCCUGUGCCUGCACUGCCUAA